AUGCUGGUAUCUACUGUGAGAAGUAAUUAUGAUGGCCACAGCUCUGGUCCUACUAGCCAACAGGUCGUGGCCAUUGUAGAAAGUAAAGAUGGACAAAAAUGGGACGUCAUGACGGUUCAAGGCAGAGGUCUAGUUACGGAGCUCUCCAAAAUUGGUUCCGAAGUGGUCUUCAUUCAAGCCACGUUCAGUCAAUCAGACGCGGAACGGCAUGCAUCUUUCUCGGUGACGAGUUAUUUCACGAUUCAUGACUUUUGCGGUCCCGAGAGACCUGGAGAUGAAAAUUGA